CCACGAGUGAGUCUACAAUACAUCCGCUCGUUUCCCCUCUAAACUUCAAGACAAGCUGUGUUAGCGGGCUCGCCAGCGACGAUGACGAAUCAACAGAUUGAAAUUGUAUCUCCGAGUGAGGUAUACUCAGUCACAUUUGCGGACGAAAGUCAGGUCGUAGGAGGACAUUACGAUAGUAAUAUUCGUCGAUGGAAGGUUGAAGACGGACAGCAACAAUUGCAGGGUCCGGCCAUGCAAACAAGUGGCACGGUCAAUUCCCUUGUCGUUUCCCAGGACGGCGAGUGGAUGGUGUCUGGGGAUUGGGGAAAGAAGGCGAUCCUCUGGAAUGCGACCAGUCAUGAAAAAAUGUGCGAGCUCGAAUGCGCCAACUGGGCGUUGGGAGUCGAUAUCUCGAGCGACUGUACUAAAAUAGCCUCUGCAGCAUGGAACAAUGUCCAUAUAUUCAGUACAUAUGGCACUUCCGGUAUCCAACCCCUUCCUCCUCUCCCACACUCCGGGAUUGUUGGUGCCAAGUUCUCCCCAGAUGAUAGACGGUUUGCUACCGCCUCGGAGAGUCAAGGUUUCCGUGUCUACAAUACCGACAACGGCAAUAUCUUGUUCGAUUCAGGUCAAUACGGUUCAACCGGUCGGUCCUCGAGAUCUCCGUUGGCCUGGUCAUCUGAUGGCCAGCAGCUGUUCGUCGCGCCCAGAGGCAAAAUCGUCUGUUUCGACCUUUCCAAGUCUUCGACUUCGGAAUGGCCGAUCCAUGAAAACCAAUCUCCAGUACAUAUAGCAUCCACCGGCAGAUUCAUUGCAUGUGCCGCGGGCUCAUCAGUUUCGCUGUGGGAUUGUGUGUCCCACAAGCAGAUCGGCGGUAAUAUCACGCACACUACGGAGGUCAAAUGUGUUGCUCUGUCACCAAGCGGGGGCUAUCUCGCAUGUGGGAAUGGCAGGAAUAUUACAAUUCACAACCUCAGGGAUAUCCUUUCCCCCGAGUAUUUCCACCCUGCUCUUCCGCUCGUACAAAUGAGCGGCGAGACCCUCAAGUCAUGGACACAGAGCGAUCCGACGAACACCGAAAUGUUACUUUCAGAGGAGAUCGGGAGCACUUCAAGUCCUAGUCACUAUAUGCUAGCAAUCCGCGGUCUUGUAAGAGCACGUUUGAAACAUAUAGCACCUGCGAUAGAAGAUGUCAAGGAGUCCCUCCGGGUUCAGACAUCACCUUUUGGCCACGUCGCGAUGGCGAUUGCUCUACUUGGCCAGGGCGACUCAGAGGGUGCAUUGUGCACAUUCGAUCUCGCCUUUCAUGAUUGCGGGCUGAACGAGAUCAAAUUUCUUUUACUACUGAAGGCUAUCCUUGUGUUCGAAUCCGGAAAUCAAGAAGAGGCAAUAACGCGCAUAGAGUAUCUCGCUACGAGAGCAAACAAGGACGGCGACGACGACGCCACCUACCUUCAUACCCAGAUCCUUGGAGUUAUGUACAUGAAAAAUGGAAACUAUGGACGUGCGAUACCAACGAUCGAGCGUGCGAAAAGCUUAGCCCCCAGCUAUAAACAAUGUCCUCCGCUACUGACGAUUUCGCUCAUUUUUGGGUGGAGUUUCGAUGGGCCGGACAUUACUUCCCAGCAGCGACUAUGUGAAACACUCUAUGCUGAAGAACGUGCAGCAGAAGCCAUGGAAAUUCUCAUCAGCAUCAUUAGGACUUCGGAUGAGGAGACCCUGAGGAGCAAAGCAAAUGCGGACUGGCUUUCAGCCUUCACCGAAAAAUGCGCUUCCACACUUGAACAUGUUGGUAAUGAAGCCAUCGGAUCUGGAGAACAUAACGGCGCAGGAACACACUACCCUGCUCCAUUGCCCCUGGGUCCUUCAAGUCCCGCAAGUCUGUUUAUCAACCGGAGCAGAGCUCGGGUGGCAAGAGGCUUGUGGGAGGACGCACUGCAGGAUGCGAACGACGCGGUAAAGGUGGAUGCCUCCUGCCCUUGGGGCUACGAGGCCAAGCAUGCGGCGCUCCAUGGAGCGAAGAGGUAUGACGAAGCGAUUGAUGCUUUUGGGUCUAUGCUGCAAGUGAUCGAAGAGUCCCAUGACCCUUCAACCAGGGAGCUGCGCAAGAGCUAUGUUUCUCCAUCCGAGACAAUCGCCGCUAUUGAUCCUAUCAUCCGCCAGAUCCUCAAAAGCUGUCCCCUUGUCGUCAUCGAUGUCACUACCGGUCGCCUUUGUGACGGUCCCGAGCGGAUCCGCAUCCUCAAGGCUGAUCCGUCGUUUAAAGAGCUUGUUUCAUCUAUGAUGAAGGAGGUGGACAACCUGCGGAUCCUACGCGUGGUUGCGAAAUUUUUCGGAUACGUCAUGUUCUCUCAUGCAUGGCAGGGGAACGAGCCAUUAUUCCAGGACGUCAACGUAGCCAAAUCUGUGUGGAACCUCCCCGACAUGCCUCUGAACGAGAAGUUGCGCAGUUUUUGCAAGGAGACUCGCAGACUUGGUUAUAAUUGGGCGUGGUCCGAUACGUGUUGUAUCGACAAGACUACGAGCUCCAUCCUCAAUCAAUCUCUCACAUCUAUGUACAAAUGGUAUGCGAAUUCGGCAGCCACGCUCGUAUUUCUUGCCGGCGUAGGAUAUCCGUCCAAGCCUGGAGACCUUACGCAUAGUUUAUGGAUGACACGGGCAUGGACUUUACAAGAGCUUCUCGCACCGAAAGUUAUGUUUUUCUAUGAUUCCGAGUGGGAAUUAUACCUUGGUGAUACCAGUGCAAAUCACAAGGAAUCUCUGGAGAUCAUGCAAGAGCUGGCAGAUGCGAUCAAGUUACCCCGUGGAACUAUCGUUACGUUCUCCCCAGACGAUCUUGGGGUGCACGAGAAACUUCGUCUCGCUUCGACGCGCAGUGCGACGGUCGAGGAAGACGUCGCAUACUCUCUUAUCGGAAUAUUCAAGUCCGAUAUCAGGCCCCACUACGGCGAAGGACCCGAUGCUCUCGGACACCUUCUGGAGGAGAUUGUGGCCCGCUCUGGCGAGGUUACGGUACUUGCGUGGUCAGGAAAAUCAUCGACAUACAACAGUUGUCUCCCAGCUUCCAUUUCUGUUUACCACCAAAUUCCUUACAAUCCUCCGUCACUCGAAGGGGAAGAAAUGGAAGCUCGCGUCUCGAAGUUACGUGACAAGUUGCCCUGGAAAGAAGUACAGAGAAUAUGCAAUAAGAUCAACCGUCUGUCCCCUGCCCGUUUUGCAGCCCGACGUCUACAUCUUCCAUGCAUCGUCUUCCCUGUGAAAAGUCUCGAGAAGCCACGCAAAGGAAAUGAGAAGUCAUAUCGUGCUAGGGUAUCGGGGCUUGGAACUGUAGUGUUCACAACCGCCGAUGAUCUCCCGUUGCACGAGCCCAAAAAAAUUGUCUUCGCGCAUCCGUGGAUUCGUCAUAUCCGGGGCCCGAGUAGUGGGAUUCCCUGGGGAGGUGACUCGGAGUCUGAUACUGACUCUGAGUCAGAUUUGGAUGCUGGCCCUGGAUCGGACGAAGUUGUGCCAUCACAGAUUGUCUGGGAGGAUGACCCCGAGUCUGGUACUGACACCGACUCGGUUUAUCACGACGCUAAAUCAGAUGUGGUUGGGCCGCCUUCGCCAUCACCCAUCACCGUGCCUCAUGUUGAUGACUAUACUCGGGCGCUACAGACGAUUGCUCGCCUCGGACAGCCGUUCAACGCAUUGCUUCUUGUACAGCAGCCGGAUGGAGAGUACAAGAGGGUCGCUGCGGAGAACGAAAUUGUUGUUUCGGGGCUCGAAACCCACAUCACUUGCAAGAACAUUCUGGCGAAAGUAUUGGAAAUCCUUUGACGUGUAUGGGGGUUGGGCUCAGCCAUUUGUUUUUACGGUUGGUUUGUCUUUCGUUUUGUAUCGGUCGUUUUUCUUUUCGUGCUGUUUCUGUUGGUUUACUUGUUAUGAUAAAGCCUCCGGAAAGUUCAGGAUAACACCUACUGGAAUUACGUUGGAGAUCUGUUCUCAC